AUGUAUCACUCAUGCUAUGUAUUGCAGAAAGUACCUAUUGGUUUCUUGAAGUAUUUGAAGGGACAUGACCAUGUUGAACAUGUUGUACUGAAAAGGGCUGGCAAGAAGUGGUUGGUGAAGCUGAACGGACGACGAUUCAAAGAUGGAUGGGAAAAGUUUGCAGAGGAACAUGAUUUGCAGUUAGGAGAUAUGUUGAUUUUCAGACAUGAAGGAGACAUGGAUUUUGAUGUUUCCAUAUUUGAUUCAACUCGUUGUGACACAGAAUAUGCAGAGUAUCUGCAAGAAAAAAAGAUAGAAAAAACGAAGCCCAACGUCAUGUCACCAUCCAAGGUUGUUCCCAGUGUAGGAACUGUCAAGGGCUUGCAUCUCAGUCACUCUCAAUUUGUUUGUACCAUGAAAUCCUAUAACCUUACAAAGAGUUUUCUGUGUGUUCCAAGACCAUUUGCGAGGUUAAACGGUCUCAAGAACAGGAGAUGUACGAUAAUGAUAAAUGACGAGCAAAGGUCAUGGACGUUUAGUUUAUACUAG